AUGCCCUGCUCUCCAGCAUCUGCUGCUGGAAAUGGCUGCCUAGUGGCCAGACUGGCCUGCUGCAUGAUGAAGCCACCUGCGGAGGAAAUAACCCAGUCUGAUUGCUAUGUGACACUCUGGAUGCCAACUGCUUCACUGAAAAGGACCAAAACCCAGACUGUGAAUGACACCAAAGAUCCUGUGUGGAAUGAAACGUUUCACUUCCAGAUCCAGAAUCAAGUAAAGAACAUCCUGGAGCUUAAAGUCUGUGAUGAAGAUAAGCACACCAAAGAUGACCAUCUCCUUACAGUUUUCUUUGAUGUAUCUAAAAUCCAACUUGGAGAAACAGUUUGUCUGAACUUUCAGCUGAACCCAAAGGGUAAAGAGGAACUAGAAGUUGAGUUUACGAUGGAGAGCAGUCCAGAUGCUCCAGAAAAGAUUUUUACUAAUGGAGUCUUAGUGUCUCGUGAAGUUGCAUGUUUGGACGUUCAAGUGGAUGGGGGAAGGAAAAAAAAGGAUUCACCAGAAAGCAGAUUCACCCUUUCAGUGGCUGGAUCCUAUGAAGAGGCUCAGAACCUCACACUGGGUAACUGGCUUUGUCGUGCUUCUCCUGCUAAAUUUCACUACAUCAAAUAUAACCCAUCAGAACUAGACAUUGAACCACGGAGAAGACAGCUCUGUGUGGCUUCCAACCAAAGGAAUGAAUCAGCAACCGUUCCCCUGAACUCACUUCCUAUUCAAGAUCAAGUGACAAUAGCCCCGAACAAAACAUUUGAUUUGAAUGUGACAUCAGAAGAUUGGAUGCAGGGCCUGCUGUGGAAAAGCCCAAAGGAAAUUGAUGUGCGUCUAGGGUAUGAUCUGUGCCCAGAUGAAAAGAGUUUCCUGCAGAAGCGAAAGAAAGUGGUUGCUGCUUGUUUGAAGGAUAUUCUUCAUUUAGAGCAAGGUCUGCAAGACCACGAAGUACCUGUGGUUGCUGUGACGAUGACAGGGGGUGGCAUGAGGGCCUUAUCAGCGAUGUAUGGCACUAUUUGGGGUCUUCAGAGACUGAAGCUUUUGGACUGUGUUUCAUAUAUCACCGGGUCAUCAGGUACAACCUGGACCAUGACAGAACUGUAUGAAGAUCGCGAUUGGUCUUAUAAAGAUCUUGGGGAAAUCAUCAAGAAUGCCCGGAAGCAAGCAGCCAAAUCGAAAAUGUCUGCUUUUUCCUUGGAGAGUCUAAAGGCUUACCACAAGGAACUGUGUCAGAGGACAAUAGCAGGAUAUAAGACAUCCUUUAUCGACCUUUGGGGACUCAUGAUUGAAGCCAUGCUGAAUGAUGGGAACAACAAUCAUAAACUCUCAGAUCAACGGUGGGCAGUAAGCAGAGGUCAGAACCCCCUGCCCAUCUACCUGGCUCUCAAUGUUAAGGACAAUGUUGCCACCCAAGAUUUCAGAGAAUGGUUGGAGUUCACACCAUAUGAAGUGGGAUUUCCUAAAUAUGGAGCUUUUGUCCGUGCUGAAGAUUUUGGAAGUGAGUUUUUCAUGGGACACCUGAUGAAGAAGCUCCCAGAAUCAAGGAUCUGUUUUAUGCAAGGGAUGUGGAGUAGUGUAUUUUCCAGAAAUCUAUUGGAUGCCUGGCAUGCUGCUGACAAUUCUGAGGAUUUCUGGAACAGAUGGACUCAAGAUAAUAUUACUGAAAUUGAGGAAGUGCCUGAUUUACCAGAGAGACCCCAUGAGAUGCCAACUCGCAUGUUCACACCUGCAGGGGGCCUUUCCAAUGCUCUGCGGAACUUGUUAACAGAUCGCCCAGCAGUGUCAAAAUACCACAACUUUUUGAAAGGAUUCCAAAUGCAUAACGAAUAUACACAAAAUCAUCAUUUUUCUAAAUGGAAAGAUACUGCUCUUGAUGACUCCCCCAACCAACUGCAAAAUAGUUCAGAGAAUCUGGAACUUGUAGACACGGCGUUCUUCUUUGAUACCAGUUGUCCUCCACUUUUGAGACCAGAGAGGAAGGUGGAUGUUAUUCUGCACUUUAAUUACACUGGAGGAUCACAAAUCAAGCCUCUAGAGCGAGCCUUCACCUAUUUCUCAGAGCAAGGAAUCCCAUUUCCAAAGACUCUACUAAGUGAUGAAGAAAAGAAAAACCUAAAGGAGUGCUAUGUCUUUGAAGAUGCACAGAACCCAGAUGCUCCUAUAGUGAUUUAUUUCCCACUAGUGAACGAUACCUUCCAAAGAUAUUUUGCACCUGGUGUGGAACGUAGCACUGCUGAAAUGUCACUGGGCCAUGUGGACCUCUCCAGUGUCUUCUCUCCCUAUUCCACCAGGCAGGUCUCACUGCAAGAGGAAGAUUUCAACAAACUGCUGAAUCUAACUAAUUACAAUGUCCAGAAUAAUGCAAGCACCAUCCUCCAGGUUUUGCACAAAGCAGUUGAACGGAAAAAGCAUACUCAGGCAUCUCAGGCGGCUUCAUGA